UUCUGCCCAAAACAACGCAUGUCUGCCUAACGGCAGCAAACAUGUUCGCCAAUCAGAAUCCACGACGGCAGUUAUGGGUAGUUUGCAGUGUAGACGCCGCCAGAUCCUCCUUUUUGCCUCUUCUCAGAGAUGGUCUCGAUGAUCGAAUUUCUCAAUUCGGCUCUGUGUCCCGACCACCCAUCCUGAUUGUCGGGACCGCGCAGUGCAUGCAAAUUUCUAUCGUUAAUUGUCUAGCCUUUCCCUCUUUCCAGCCUUGCUCUAUCGUCGUGUGUAUGGCACUGGCAGGGAAAGUUGGCAUUUUCCAUUUGGGGAUUCCGAUUUCCCAUGGAACGUGGUAUGGCUCGCUUUGAUAGCUCCUGGGGGCAAGGAAUGCUUGCGACACCCACGGCUGGGGGCAGGCCAAAGAAAGAAAAUUCAAAAGGAGCAAGUCCUGAUCAUACAUAUUGGAUACAUGCCAGUCGAUGGAUCGGGAGGGAGGGGCGGAUGCGCUGAGAAAGAGGAGUUGUCCCCGCAAUUUUGUUUGGCCUGCAAUCAUCGGUGCCGCCUGUUUGUUAAGUCGCCUGGCCAGUGCAUAUGGAACCUCCGACGUAAAGGUACCCGACGAAGAGCAUACAAGAUACCUAGACAGGCAGGAAACUGGCCAACCUUUAAUAUUCAGUGCAGCUAAAGGCCUGGACUCUAUAGCGGAAAGGCUAUGGUGUUUCCUCUCUCCAGCAUUGUUGAUAUGCGGAAUUGAAGUUGGGAGUUGGAAGAAGCAACUGACGAUGUUCUGGCUGGGGCUGGUUGGAGAUCUGUCUGUAUCUUGGUAUUGUGCCAAGCCGGGAACAGCAGUGGUACAGUACGGUACGGAGUACCUAGGCGAAGUAUAUAGUAUGAAUGCACAGUACAAAUAA